AUGAAAUUAAGCACUGUGAGAAGUUUAUUUGAGUUUAGAGACACAUCAAUGGAAGGAAUUUUAGAAAAUUUGAUAGGUUCUGUAGGUAUAUUUUAAAAUAAAACAUUAAAAAAUAGGAUAACUUUAAGGUUUAGGAAUGCCUGAUAUUUGUAUAAUUUGUAAAAAGCAAACAUUAGGAAUGUUUAAAUCAGGAUUUGAUUAAUGGUCAAGUUUCCAUUGUGUAUUAGGGAUUUGUCCAACAUCUUAGGCAGAAAUUUCAGCUUAUAUUUCAUCUCUAAUUAUGAAUUAAGAAAAAGACACUUUUUCCAAAAUAUUUGGAAGUGAUGUCAUAAUUUAUAAAGUAAUUUUAGAUAUCCAUUAAUUAUUAGAUUACUUAUAUAACAUAUGACAUUUUUUCAAGAAUUCUUUUAGUUUGUUAAUUUGAAUAACCAAGUGAGGGUCUAUCUUAGUUUAAAAAUUAUGGUUUACAACAAAACAAAUAAUGUAUUCAAUUAACAAAAAGUCAUUGGGAAGGAGCGCAUAUAAGUGGAGUAUUAAGGGUAUUGGAUUCCAAUUUCAAAAUGCCUAAUAUUGGUAGAUUCUAUAAUUAGACUAGUAUUAAUAAUCCAAAAUUUUUAUAAAAUCUAAUUGCAAAACUACUUUAAAAAAUAUAAGGUUUAGAUAAUUAAUUUCAGGACCUUAAUAAAAUAAAGUCUAAAUCUGAUUUCCCUCCUUUAAAUGAAAUUAUAUUCUAUUUAAAUUGGCCUUUGAGUCUCAUUUUUAAUUAUUUACAAAAUACAAGUUAGUUAGAUAUAUUACUUGAUCAAUUCAAUAAUUUAGAUGAUAACAUUGUAUUUAAAUUAAUAAAAUCUUUAAUACAUUAUAAAAUGAAGUAAAAAAUGAAUUGAUUUAGGAAUUACAAUAAAAGUCUGUAGGAAUUAAUAAAAUUACAAGAUUCAAAUAAUUUGUUUAAUCUACCUAAAUUCAUUAUGGCUAAUAUCUUUAUUAAAUAAGUCAAUUAUGAGAAGGCUUUUAUUUUAUUAAAAGAUCUUAUUGUUGAAUGUUAUGAAAAUUAAAUAAUUUGGAUAACUUUGGUAUGAUAUGAAUUAAAAUUAGUCUAAAAUAUUUCGUAAAUAAAAGUAAUUUCAAAUUAGUUUGUUAUUUAUAAAUAGAGCAUCUGCAUUACCAUUAAAGUAGACAGUAAAAUAAUUAUGGAAUGAAAUGAAUAUAAUCAAUUAUAGACUGUUGACUCAAAAUAAAAAUUUAUAAUAACCUUCUCAACUAGAUUAGAUAUAUAAGAUUUUACAUCCUUUGGCAGCUGAUAAAAUUGAAAGUUAUGUAUAACUUUGUGGUUAUCCAAGCAUAGAAAAUUUACUUGUUCGUCCUAGAUUGAAUAACAAAAAAGAUCAGAAAGUAUUUUAUUUUGAUUUUAUAUUUCUUAGCAUAUUAUAGAAAUGAUGGUAAAGCAUUAUUCAAGGCCAGAUUGUAAAGUCAAUCAAUAAACAUAUGAUAAUCUUAUGCAUAAUGAUCUUUUAGAAAUUGACAAUGAAUUAUCCUAUAUUCUUAAAGAAGUUAUUAAAAUAUAACAUGUAGUAGGAUAUCAAAAAUUAAAAUCUUAUAUCAAUUAGUAUUUUUAUACAACUGCAAAAGUAAUCUAAAAAUAAAUUGAUUAAAUAUAUGAUCCAAGUGAAUUCUAAAUUGUAGUCAAAAAUCAAAAAAACUUAAAUAUUAAUAUUAGUUAAAUAAGCAAUACUAAUGUAAAUAUAUUAUAUUUAUUCUCUAAGAAAAGCAUGUGUAAUCCAAGACUAUAAGAAGAUAUAGAUGAUUGUGAUUCUGAUGAGGAAUAACCAGAAUUUCUAAAAAAGUAAAAGAUGAAUAAAUCAUUUGAUUUUACUAAUAUUGGUCCUAGAAUGUAUUAGACACCUUAGCAUAAUAAAGUAACAAGAUCUCCGUUAAAAUUCACAAGCAUUAAAAAAAAAUAAUAACAAAUUAAAAAAGCAAAUACAAUAAUUAUAGAAAAUGCAUUUGAAAGCGUUGAAUCAGAAAGGUAAAACAAACAAUUUAUAACGAUUGUUAACAGAGUUAAUAUCUAGUAAAAUGAAAUGAUUUCAUAAGCUCCUAAAUCAGGUUAAGAUGUCUAACUAUAGAAAUCUUUUUUAUAUGGUUUGAUCUCUUAUCUAAGUUAAAAUUUAAGUUAAUAAGAAGAAGUGUAAAUGAAUGAAUAAUUAAAAAGAAGUAAAGAACAAUUAAACAAUCUUCUACACGGAAUUGUAGAAACCAUUAACAAAAUAUAAACUGAACUUGAUCAAUUAUUUUAUCCAUCUUAAGAAUCAAAUAAAUAAUAGUCUAAUUAACAAAAUUAAUAAUAAAAUUAAACAAUCAAUUAACAAACAGCAAAUACAUCCUCUCCUUUGUUUAAAUCAAAUUUAAAGAAAGCAUUACAGACUAAGCAACAUUUAGGUGGAUAAAUAGAACUAAAAGAGUUUUAUAUUGUACAACCAUUAAAUGAAGAUGAACCAGAUAAAGAGAAAACUUAUAUUGCAUUUAUAAAAGCUGAAUCAAUGUUUUUAUAUAAAUGUGCACGAUUAGCAUAAAAAUUAAAGAGAAAUGAUUUAUGUUUUUCUAUUUUAUAACGACUUAAUAGCAGAAUUAUAUCUGUGUAAAUUACAGCUCUGUUAUUUAAUGUGAUAAAAGAUAGCAACAAAUAAUUAAUUAAACAGUAUUAAUUAUAAAAAUAUGUAGAAUUUAAAAAAUGUUAGCAGACUUUUAGGAAUGUGGAAUUAGUUAGGUUGGAUUUGUACCAUUAUGGAUAGAAAUGAGGAUUGUUAAAAUGACAAAAUAAUAUGGGGCAAAUUUAAUUCUUGCUUUACUAUCUUAAUCAGAGACUGACUUCUCAUUUUAUUUAAUAAAAAAGAUCAUUCUAUUAACUGAUAAUUUAAUUUGA